AUGAUGUGUCCUAGGGUUUUUUUAAACUCUUCACACAUGAUGCUACAGAGGCGUUAUAAUGCCUUAAAAAUGACAAGAAAUAUCUCCUUUCGUAAUAUUACCGAAAAUACACUGGCUGAUACCCCCUCAGGUUAUAUCCAGGAUCCUGCAAAUCAUCCUAAGCAAAUGGUAACGUACAAAAAAUUGACUAUUGAAGGCCAGUCCGCAUUGGAUGCUUUAGAAAGGGAAGAAGAACUGAUGAAACGUGAAGAGUUAGCCUAUAGUGGUUAUACUACACUUGUUAUUCAAGAAUGUAAGGCAACUAUUUUAAACGAUAAAAGUACCAGGGAAGAACUUGAAUCAUCUUGUGAAAGUCUUAACAGAGCUCUAAAAGAGUUGAUAGAUUUAAUUGGUUGUACAGUAGAAAAAAAGUCAUCACAUCAUUUGACCAAAUCAUUUCUUACUGAAGAUGAAAAAACAAAUGAUAGCAUAUUAUCUAAUGAAUAUGUCGUAGUUAGUCAAGACGACUGUAAUCAUAUACGGUAUAUUAUCGCCUUGGGAAUGAGAAGACUUGGAAAUUAUCUUGAGGCCGAAAAUAUGUGUAUGGAAAUUCUCUCUUUUGAUCAUUCAAAUUGCGACGCCUUGGAGUCACUCAUAGAAAUUUAUACAGGUACAGAAAAACCAGAAAAACUUCGUAUCUUAUUUGAUAAAUUAUCUGAAUGGGAUAUCGAGAAAAAAAAGAAAGACAAAGAAAACUCAAAGAUUACUGAUAGUAAGAGUAUUAAUAGUAUUUUAAGUACUGAAGAUGAUACAAAGAGUACUCAGUUAGUUGAGGUGGCGUUGAUUCUUCUUUCUGAUAUAAUAAUAGAAUCUGCUUCUUUUCAUUACAAUGAACAUGGAGAAGGCUCAACUUCACGUUUUUUUCUUGAAGCAAUAUCUCCAAUGAUAUCAGUUUUUGGACCACAAUACACAUCACUUUUUAUUGAUUCUCUUUUCAGAUCUAUGGAUGAGCAACAUUUUUCUGCAAGAUUUGAGACUAGUGAGAGCAAAGAGUCUGAAAAAACUAUUGGUUUGGUAAUCGCUUUUUUAAAAAUGCUUUUGGCACGAAGAAUAUAUGACUUGGUUGAAGACUCCUUGAGAUUUGAAUUUCAAAUUCUUUCUAAACUACAUGCCGCCCUUCGUUUUAAUGGAGAAAAACAUGAAAGUUAUAAAGUUUGUGAGAGACUUAUGAAUUUAUAUCGAAAUAACUGUGCAAAAAAAGAUUUAUUAACUCAGAAUAAAAAACCAAAAGUCCGACUAGGGUUAUUUGAAGAUUUUGAACCCACCUAUAAAACUGUUUUUUUUCAGUAUAUUGAAGAUCGUGCACUGGAUUCCUUGGACGUUGGUAAAGACUUGUGUAUUAAAGCUAUAGAAGAAUUUCCUGAGGAGGCAUCUCCAUGGGAAACUUUAGGACUUAUACUUCAUAAGAAAGAUCCUAUUAAUGGAUUAGAUGAUGCUAUAGUUGCUGUAAAGAAGGCAUUUUCACUAGAACCUAGAAAUUUACGCAUCAUUCUCACACUUGCAAAUUUUUUUAAAGCUCAAAAACGGUACAAACUUCAUGAAAUGAUGAUAGAUCGUUAUCAACUUUUGAAAUAUCUUAUUGAAAAUGGAGCAAAUGAAGAAGAAAUAAAUACCAUUACUGAAGAGAUUGUAGGUCUUGAUGUCAAUAUACCACGUGAGACAGAACCAGAUGAAGUUAGUGUACAGUUUGCUGAUAUACAAGAACACUUGGAACGAAUGGAAAUGUCACAUACGUAUUCCAUGCCAAUUGAUAAGGAACCGCGAGUGUUUGGAAAGCAACCACUUUCUGCACCCAUGUUAGAUAGUUCUAUCAAUGCUGACAAACCAGAAAGGCUAGUAGAUCCUGAGAGCAACCGUUAUGAAUAA